CCCCGAUAUGAGACACUGCUACGUAGGCACCCAACAUACAAUAUAGGGGAGUAGGUAUGUUGUGUGGCUAUCAUGGAACAUGCAGUCAACCAGAAUUAUGCACAGUCUACUUGUAGUUUUUCAGCCAACGUUGCUGAUGCUUGAUCCCUCCACCUAUGUAGAAGGUCCCUCAAAGCUCAACGGUGAGCCGGUGUCGACUAGGGUGACCUCCAUGCACGCAUGCGUGCGCCAACCAGGGACCCGGAUCGGCCUGCAGAUCUCAGCGGCAUCGUCCCAACCUAUUGCGAGCAGACUGGGCUAGGCCGGCUGCCACAUCAAAAAGCCCUAUCUCCGCUCCCGGCCGGCGAGGGCGGAACAAGAAAAGAAAGGAAAAGAAUAGAAAAGAAAAGAAAAGAAAAGAAA